AUGUUUGUACCAGAAUCGGCUAUUAGGAUCCUAACAACCUACAUUCCUAAGGAGCAUAUUCAAGAUUACUUUACAUGGAAUGGAUCUAGGCAUGGGGGUUUCCGGGUAAAGGAUGCUUAUGUAUUCCUUCUAGGGCUGCGAGGAAGUCUUGAAUCCAAUUAUACUAAAAGGAGGUUCUGGAGUAAACUCUGGGCUUCUGACCUUAGACCCAAAUGGAAAGUUUUUAUCUGGAGGCUUCUCCAGAGAGCCCUAGCCGUCAAGUGCAACUUAGAAAAGCGUAAAAUUGCCAUCAGUGUUAACUGCAGCAUAUGUCAUCAUUCUCCAGAGGACGAAAGACACCUAUUCAGAGAUUGUGAUAUUUCUUCUCGAAUAUGGUCUGCCUCGGUUCUGGGCAUUAACACUAGGUCAAGUGUAUACAUUCCGAUUGAAGAUUGGAUCCGGAAUUUCUUAUUGCUCUUUUGGAGGGAAGAUGGGUUAAAAUCUGAACGGGUAAGAGAGUUUGUUACUACUCUCUGGUCAAUAUGGCUUUAUCGAAACAAUAUUGUGUUUAAUAAUCUGGCUGAACAUCCGGUAGAUAUACUUAAUAAGAAGAAAAUUCUUCUUCAAGAAUUUGAUGAAAGCAACAAAAUAAUAAGGCAGCAGCUUAAGAGGGGUUUAGUUGAAUAUGAUGCUCAACAGAGGGUCCCACCUCUUCUUUAUAUCGAUCAACCAGCAGUAUGCUUAGUUCUGGUGGAUGGAUCUUGGAAGAGACAUAAGCUACAUUUUCCAAAAGCAGGAAUAGGGUGGACGGCUUAUAUGAACGGGGAAAAGAUAUUGGAGGGGAAUGCCAUAGUUUCAGCUUCUUCUUCUCUACAAACUGAAGCUCUAGCAGUGUAUCGGGGUCUUUAUGAAGCUUUCUCAAAAGGAGUCCGAAAUAUACAACUUCAUUCAGAUUCAGCGGAAGUUGUGCGUGCAGUGAAUAGUUUACAGCAACCAGUAGAGAUUGCCACAAUUAUGCAUGAUUUCAGGGCUCUGUCACAACGAGUUCCUAAAUGGGGAAUUAAGUGGGUUCGAAGAGAAGAUCUUGUUGUAGCUCAUAAGUUAGCAGUAGCGGCUAGGUUAGGUAAAUUACUUUAA